CCAAUCGCUCGUCGCCGGAAGCCAGAGCUCUUCCUGCCGCCAUCACCGCCGUCGCCUUCCCCAGCUUCGCCGCUCCUCGUCGCCGUCCAAUUGGAGCCAAUCGCCGCUCCACGUCGCCGUCCAAUUGGAGCAGCUAGCUGCCGGUCGUCGCCGUCCAACUGGAGCAGCCAGCCGCCGGCGUCGCCGCUCGUCGCCGCCGCCGAGUUGCAGCGCCGCCGCUGCUUCCUUCGCCUCCAGCCGCCGUCGCUCACCGCCGUGAGCCAGCGCCGGUCGCUCAUCGCCGCCGCCGAUUUGCAGCGCCGCCACGCCAAACGGAGGACGUCGCCAAAUGCCGGACGCCGCUGUUUCGCCCUCGCCGGAAUCGAGAGCCGCCGUCGCCCGAGCUUCCAGCCGCCGUCGCCCUUUGCACAGCGGCCACCCGCCACCGUCGAGUGCAGCGCCGCCAGUCGCUGCUCAUCGCCGUUGAGCUGCCGCUCCGCCACUGUCGCCGGCGUCCGUCACCGUCGUCGCAUCCAGCCGCUGCCCCGAGUUGAUAUCUCCGGUAGAUUAACCUCCACGCCGGAUUGAUUGGUCAAUUUUUGUACUUUGACUCGAUUUGACCCGUUCGGUUGAUUUCGUUGAUUUGUCUUCCGUUCGAGCUAUCGAUUCGAUUUCGACGUAAUCCAGGUCCGUACUAUGAAGUUAAUAGCAUUCAGAAUCGAUUUAAUGGUCAAUUGGUUUAUUGUGUUGAACAUAGAAACUGGCCAUCGCUCGGGCGGCUGCAGGGCCUGGUCAGUGAGGUUAAGACGUGCGCACGAGGGUCUGCGAUCUUGGGUUUGAGGCCAUCGCCCGAGGGAUCCUACCUCCACCAAAUUGAGGCCAUCUUCAGUAUUACGGAUUGAGUCUAUCUCCGUCAUAGGGAAUAAAUUUUAAGUGGUUUGACUUUGGUGAAAGUCUAAAUUGGUUUGACCGGUGGUCAAAGAAUUCAUGAGAAACCCGUAACACCUAAAUCGUUUUGAAAAGAAAGAAAAUAAGUUGACUGUUGGUCAACCGUCUAAAGAACCGAAUGUAAAGUUGAAUUGAUUUUUAUUAAAAGGAUAAACAUAUGCACGAUCUUAAUUGUUGAAUUAUUAUGUUUAUUCUUGUGCUACAAUGGAGUACCACUCAGCGUCAAUGCUGAGCG